AUGGCAACUCCUGAUCCAAUCCCAAUCCCGGCACCCCCGCAAAAAAUCGAAGCAGACCUCAUCUUCCCCACAAACACCACCUACACCCCGCUCGCCUACUUCCCCCUGAUAAUCGGCCUCACAAACACCCCCGUCACCUGGCCACUGCAUGCAAUCCUCUGGAUAAUCCUGGAGCCGCUCGACGCCCAAACGCGGAAUCACAGCCACACGGGGGAAUACGAGGAGUGGGAACCGUUCCCGUUCCCAGCAGAUGGUGGGCUGAAUUUCACGGUUGGGAUUCCGCCCGCUGAUCCGUACAUCUAUCAUGUUUUUCCGGCCAUGUUGAGGGGCUUUUCGCGGGGGAGGUGGAGGGUUGUUUGGGAGUUUGGGCUUCUGCAUAGUUGUCGUGAGGGGAGCGAGAGGGUGGAUGACCAUUGGUGGGAUUGGGGGAUUGGGAGGGAGGCGUUUUUUACUAUUGCCGAUGAUGAUUAUGAUGAUAAUGGCGACUCGUCGGCGCAUGACGUCGACGACGUCCUCCGUUCCUGGGACUGUACGGCCCUCGAACCCCCACCGGGAACAGAAACAGACGGCGAGCUAGCCGCCGCAUUCGAAGUCCUCGGAUGGAAGACUCUCGAGCCGGAACAUGGAGAGCCAUUCUCAAACUACACAUACUGCCCGAUCUUCAAGAACAAUAUGAAUGCCGGGACGGGGGCUACAGUUCCCGAGCCGUGUAACUUGGUCUUUGGGGAGAACGAUAUAGAGGCCAUUGUCGCGGACGCGAGGAGGAUCUCUGGAUGCCAUGGGUGGACGCUCGGGGAGAUGGAGUGGGAUUGUUAUGGGAGGGAGGAGAGGAUGAGACGGAAGUGGAGGUGGGGGAUUGGGGUUAUUGUGCUUGUUCUCGGGGCUUAUACUGUGGUUGCGGUUGGGAGGGAGUGGAGGGUUGGGAGGCGAGGGUGGAUGAGGUAG